AUGUUCCAAGGCAAGGUUGUCGGACAUGGCAGCCCGAGCAGCCACGACAGUACCAUUGAGAGCGCCGGCAAAAAGGCGCCAGGCCACUAUCGCCCCAAUAGACCCAGCAAAGGCUACUCCUAUGCACGCAGCAGCCGUAGUGACGAGACCUACCAGAAUGACAGCCUUUCGGCCGAUGCGGUCAGUAGCAACACCCCACAGCGGCGCAGAUACAAUCUGUGCAGCUGUAAACAUGCCCUGGGCUACGCCCACGUGGCGUGCUACAUCCGUGGAAGACAGGCCCGGCUGCAAAUGUUGAAUAUGCAAGAUAUUGAGAUCAGGGUGAGGAGGACAAGUACUGCGCAGGUGCGGCGGUACGUGCGACACAUAAACGGCCAGAAACCAGGCGGUGCGCUCAGCAUACCGCGGGAGUAG